UUUUAAAUAGUGAGUUGAUAUAAUUAUUAAAAUAGUAAAAAAUAUAGUGUCAUCUAAGUCGGUUAUAAGAUACACUUUUGACAUACUACACAUAAGAUAAGCCUACUUUUUGCUAAUCCAUUACCAUGAAACAAAUCGUCCUUUUUGUCGCUCUGACUGUAGUGGUAGCUUAAGCAGCAGAAGUUACCUUUUUAGAAAAGUAUGUAGAAAUUGUAUCGCAAUGUAAUUCCACGCUAUCUAAUCAAGAUUUUAAAGAUUUUAUGACUGGAAAAAAUUAGAACAGUAGUGAACUAGGAAAUUUUCUAGUUUGUAUGGAUAAAAAGUUUUCGAUAUUGGAUGAUAAUGGAGACGUCAAUGUUCACCAAUUCAAAAAAACUCUUGCUUUCGUGGUGCCCCAAAAUAAAUUAGAAUAUUUAACAAAAUUAUGUGGACGCAGACCAGAAGGCGCUACAUUAAAUGAAACAGCGUUAUUUCUAAUGAGUUGUGUCCAAAAAGAAGGAGUAGAUUUGGCACCCAUAAUAAAAUUAUACCAAUAAUUGUUUAAUAAAUGCUUGUUACAAUA